CAACUCCUGCUCGCCUGCUGGCUCAGCGGUCUUGCAUGUCAAAGUGUUAUGGCAAAUACGGCAUUGGUGCUUGCUGGAUACCAACUUGCUUGACAAAUUGUUCCUACGCCCCGCGUCUGUGAGCCUGCUAGUUAUCGAAUCCUUUUUAAGCUGCACCUACACUGGCUGGGACUAACGGAAUAGCCAUGAGGAUCCUAGCGGGCGUGCUUAUUGGCUCGAGCGUGGCCCUUGCAGCACUCGCUGCUCUUAAAGUCCGGGGCCUCCGGGCACAAAGCUCGUCUUGGCACGCCAGCCUGCCGGUCUUCAAGCUAAAGAAUGCAAACGGCAUGGAGGUGCACGUCUCCACGUUUGGUGCAGCCAUCCUCAAGGUCGUUGUGCCGGAUAAAGCGGGCAAGAAGGCGGAUGUGGUGCUCGGCUACGCAAGUGUGGAUGAGUAUGAGACCGCCAACCCCGUCACCUACUUCGGUGUGGUGGUGGGCCGCGUGGCCAACCGCAUCGCCGGCGCCAAGUUCUCGCUGGGCGGCGUUGACUACCGCCUGCUCGCCAACAACGGCCCCAACGCACUGCAUGGUGGCCUGAAGGGUCUGCACAAGCGCCGCUGGGAGGGUCGGAAGGUCCACGACCACGACGGCAAUGAGUCGGUUCAGCUGCACUACACCAGCCCCGAGGGAGAGGAGGGCUACCCCGGCACGCUGCACGUGCAGGUCACCUACACGCUGCUGCGCCACUCCAACGAGCUGCACACAAGCAUCGUGGCCACCACAGACGAGGCCACGCCGGUCAACAUCGCGCAGCACAGCUACUUCAACCUGGCCGGCCACGCCUCGGGCUCCAUCCUGGGUCACACGCUGCGCCUGGUGGGCGCCGACCACUACACGCCGGUGGGGGCCACGCUCAUCCCCACGGGCGAGAUCGCGCCGGUGGCGGGCACGCCCUUUGACUUCACGGCGCCACAGACCAUCGGCAGCCGCAUUGACAAGGUGCCUGGCGCGGCCCCCGGCGGCUACGACCACAACUUCGUUCUGUUCGGCAUGGGGCCGCAGGCCAAGUUCAUCACCAAGAACGGCAUGGCGUCAGACAAGCCCAAGCUGGCCGCCUCCCUGGUGGACCCCAGCAGCGGCCGAGCCAUGGACGUGCUCACCACCGCGCCCGGCGUGCAGUUCUACUCUGGCAAUUUCCUCGAUGGCACCACGGUGGGCAAGGGCGGCGUGCGGUACGGCAAGCACGCGGGGCUGUGCCUGGAGACUCAGGGCUUCCCCAACGCCAUCAACGAGCCCAAGUUUCCCAGCAUCGUGCUGCAGCCCCAGGACACGUACCACCACGAGAUCGUGUACCGCUUCUACAACGUGUGAGUGAGAAGGCGAGCGGGCGGCGAAUGUGCGGUCGCGGUACUAGGGCGUGGCUGGGGCGGCGCUAGGGCACUCGGCGGGGCAGGCAGGCAUGGCACUGUGGUGCAGCGUGUACUCGAGCACGCACUAGCAGGCAUGCGGGGCAUGGAGGGAGGCGGCUGGAUGCGUUUCUGGCCUGUGCUUGGGUAGAGGCAGGGAUGUGGCGUGAACGGGCAUUACCACGGGCCGCACGGGUUAGUAAUGGAUGGUUUAUGCUAAGGUGACAUGUUAGCGUGUGCAAAUUCGUGAUGUGAAGGGUGCAUGCGGUGGACGAACGGCGGCGGCGAUAGGUCGGGAGCAGGCGGGUGGUGAAGCAGUGCUCAGAGAAUUUGUGUUUAUUGCCGCCGCCAUGGCAUGCGUUCAAGAUUCUUUUACGUUCAACAACUCAACCAACACAAGGCUGCAGCUGUGCAGCACCUGCUCGAAGUGCAGCAGCUUUACUCCGCUGCCUCUCCUGCUUCCGUUUGCGUACCGCAGUCUCCGUGUACAUGACAGACACCAGCAACGCCUCCACUAACACAGCGCCACUCCAAGCGAAUUUGUAAUUGUCGCGUCGAAUGGUUAUUGGUCAGCAAUUAGGAAUUGUGGUUCGAGU